CACUAAGAAAGAAGACACAAUGUCCUCACCAACCCAACAAAACCAAUCUCCCCAAAAGGUGAACGAGGAAGUCUUGUUGGAGAAUAAUCCCGAUGACAGAGUCCAUCUCGUCGAUAAAUCCGAACCGUUGGAGCUAGCCUUGAGUUUCUUAGGGGAAGAUGGAGAAAUCAUGGAAACCCCUGAGUUUCUAGGAGAUUUCAUGGGGGAGAAAUCUUCAAGUGCUUUAAGUAUGAACAACAAUGAAAUUGAUUGGAAAGAGUAUGCACCGAAGGCUGAAGAAUACAAAAGCGUUGUAGCAAAGGCCAUCGCCGAAGGAACAGGGCAUAUCAUCAAGGGAAUCUUCACUUGUAGCAAUUCUUACUCUAAGAAGAUUCACAAGGGAGGAACGAUUGCUGAAGAGGUUGAGGAAAGAAGUGGUGACAUAUCAGAAAUUGAUGGAGGUGGCAACAAUGAAACUAAGAAGGAGAAUAAACUCAACAAAAAUCUUCAAAGAGCGGAGAAGUUGUGGAAUAUGAGCGAGGCUAUAGGAAUGGCGGUCUUAGAAGGUGAAGAUAUGGUGAGUGGUUGGAUGGUAGCUCCGGUGGUUAAGUCGAGGUUAGGGAAGGCAUUGUUAUCCACUGCUCCAGGAGAGGUUAUCUUGGCAUCACUUGAUUCUUUUCAUAAUAUAAUUGGUGCUGCUGAAGCGGCAGAGAUACAAACUCAUUCUGCCACAUCCAUGGCUGCUACUAGACUUGUGACUCCAAUUUAUAGCCGGAGCUUUGCAAACCCUAAGCUUCUCUUCCCGCUCCGGCUUAAUGAGACUCCGUCCUCUCUCGCCGCGAAAAGGGUUUUUAUGGUUAGAGCCAAAGUCGACGGAGACGGAAAAACCGGGAAUUGGGUGAACCGGUUACCAAUUCCAGGACUCGGAGCCGAAAAUGUCUUCAGACUGAUUUCAAGCGCGACGGGAAGUCCUAUCGGACAAUUCAUAUCGUCUCCUGUGACAUUUCUCCAUUCGGUGGAUCCAAGAAUCAAAUUGGUAUGGCUAUUAACUCUAGUAGUUCUUCCAGCAAGAGCAAAUAUAGUUGUGCGUUUAGGACUUGUAGUAUGCACAGCUCUUUUGUCAAUCCUUGUUCUCCCAAGACAAGUAUGGAUGGAUCAAUUGGCGAGAGUGUCGCUUCUUUCGGGAAUUCUCUUCAUAACCUUGGGGCUAGGUUCAGAUGGUGCACCUCCAAUGCUUCAAUCAAGAACCCCACCAUCUUCAGUCACAAGCUUGCCUAAUCUUCCCAUGUCGUUAAGCGGUUAUUCGUACAUGUUACUGAAGCUUGGUCCUUUGCAAUUCACUAGGAAAGGUUUGUCUGUUGGAAGCACAGCCGCAUGCUUAACCUUUAUUAUCUUUCAAAGUGCUAGUAUUUGCCUUGCUACCACAACACCAGAGCAACUUGCACUAGCUCUACGUUGGUUCUUGUUCCCGUUGACAUAUAUUGGUGUUCCAGUCGGUGAAAUUAUCCUCACGCUAUUGCUUUCACUGAGAUUCAUUAAUUUGGUUUUCGAUGAGGUCCGAAGUGUUUCACUCGGAAUUGUAUCCCGAAGAGUAAACUGGCAGCAGCUUACUGUUCUGGAGACACUUGAUAUUUUCGCGUCAUUCAUACGCCGCAUUUUCAAGAAUAUAUUUCGCCAUGCCGAGCAAAUAUCACAGGCCAUGAUUGUUAGAGGCUUCAGAGGAGAGAGCAGUAGCCACAAGAUCUACUUCUUCUCUGGCUCAUCGAAUAAGUUUGCAGAUUUUGCGUCAGUCUUGUGUUUAAUCGGUGUCAUCUCAACCGCGCUCUUGUCUGAAUACUUUCUUGUCUAAUAUUAUUACUUGAUUGUUUCAAUCUAAUCUUUCUUUCACACAAUAAACAACUGGAACACUUUCUUUAUUUCUUGAUAUAAAGCAAACAAUUACAGGUAACAAUCAAGAGUUCAAGACUCA